ACUCUCUCUUCUUCCACCUCUCCCACUAGUCAGAUUCACUGUCUUGGACAAAAAGCUACCUGGUUUCUCCUCAAUUUAAACCCCAAUCUGUACAAUCUGCCUCUUACACUUCAAAAUCACAAAUAAAACUAAACCAUCAAAACUCCACACGCUCAAAAUCCUUAAUCGAAUCUGAAAAAUGAGUCGGGGAAGCGGAGGCGGCUACGAUCGUCACAUAACGAUCUUCUCUCCCGAAGGUCGUCUCUUCCAAGUUGAGUACGCUUUCAAAGCCGUUAAGGCUAGUGGAAUCACCUCCAUUGGUGUGCGCGGAAAGGACUCCGUUUGUGUAGUUACUCAGAAGAAAGUUCCGGACAAGCUUUUGGAUCAGGCAAGUGUGACACAUUUGUUUCCCAUUACUAGUUAUCUUGGUCUAUUGGCUACCGGAAUGACAGCUGAUGCAAGGACCUUGGUCCAACAAGCCAGGAAUGAAGCUGCUGAGUUCCACUUUAAAUAUGGAUAUGAAAUGCCUGUUGACAUAUUGGCCAAAUGGAUUGCAGACAAGUCUCAGGUUUAUACACAGCAUGCGUAUAUGAGACCCCUUGGAAUAGUUGCAAUGAUAUUGGGUAUUGAUGAGGAGAAAGGACCUCAGCUCUUUAAAUGUGAUCCUGCUGGCCAUUUUUAUGGUCAUAAGGCAACAAGUGCCGGAUCAAAAGAGCAAGAGGCAAUUAACUUUUUGGAAAAGAAGAUGAAAAAUGACAUUUCAUUUUCCUAUGAGGAAACUGUACAGACUGCAAUUUCUGCUCUGCAAUCUGUUCUACAGGAGGAUUUCAAAGCCAGCGAGAUUGAGGUGGGUGUCGUGAGGAAAGAAGAUCCAGUCUUCAAAGUUUUAUCAACUGAGGAAAUCGAUGAGCACCUGACUGCCAUUAGUGAGCGUGACUGAUUUCCAAAACAUUCUGCUAUAAAAAAUUUCUGCAUCUCUUCCUGUCUUCGUAUGUAGGAUAGACAAAUGAGUUUGCUUUUGCAUAUGGAUUACUACAUCGAAUUCUGGUUCGGUGUCUCGCUUUAUCGCACUCAAUGAUUAUUGUCAAUUGACUCCAGAUUUUCAUCUGAGCCUUGUGUUGUUCAAGGACACACUAAUCUCGUUCACCACACUAACUUUCUAAUAUUAUUUGACAAUGUUGUUAUUACGAGAUAUCA